AGAAUUCUCAGCUGCUCCGCUGUGGAAAUGGUGUGUUUACUUUCUGUGUCUCCUUCAACAGUCUCCCUGAAGCCAAUCUUAAGAUCCUGUGACUGGGCAAGCAAGCUGUUCUAGAAGUUGCUGCCUUCUGAAAUGUGUGGAGCAACUGGUGGAUGGUUUCCUAGCCUUUCAAAGGUAGUUUACAAAUGAUUUGAAGUGCUGAUCCUUUCAGAGUCUCAACAGAUUAUUUCUUAAACAGCUCAUACAUUGCUGUUUAUGCAUGAAUUAGUAGAACCGGGCCACGUAGAAAACACUGUGAUUGUACCUGGGAGUUGGCGAGAAAACCAGUGCUCUCCCUUGAUUCUGCUGCACGAGGAGAAUGGGCUGUGAUCGGAACUGUGGGCUCAUUGCUGGAGCUGUUAUUGGUGCAGUCCUGGCUGUGUUUGGAGGCAUUCUCAUGCCAGUCGGAGACAUGCUUAUUGAGAAGACAAUCAAAAGGGAAGUUGUCCUUGAAGAAGGAACCACUGCUUUCAAAAACUGGGUUAAAACAGGCACCACUGUGUACAGACAGUUUUGGAUCUUUGAUGUGCAAAACCCAGAUGACGUGGCAAAGAACAGCAGCAAAAUCAAGGUUAAACAAAGAGGUCCUUACACAUACAGAGUUCGUUAUCUAGCCAAGGAAAAUAUAACUCAGGACCCCGAGGACCACACUGUGUCUUUUGUACAGCCCAAUGGAGCCAUCUUUGAGCCUUCACUGUCUGUUGGAACAGAGGAUGACAACUUCACAGUUCUGAAUCUGGCUGUAGCAGCUGCACCACAUAUCUACCAAAAUUCAUUUGUUCAAGUUGUGCUCAACUCUCUUAUAAAAAAGUCCAAGUCUUCUAUGUUCCAAACAAGAUCUUUGAAAGAACUCUUGUGGGGUUACAAAGAUCCAUUCCUCAGUUUGGUUCCAUAUCCUAUAAGUACCACAGUUGGUGUGUUUUAUCCUUACAAUGACACUGUAGAUGGAGUUUAUAAAGUUUUCAAUGGAAAGGAUAACAUAAGCAAAGUUGCCAUAAUUGAGUCCUAUAAAGGGAAAAGGAAUUUGUCCUAUUGGCCAAGCUAUUGCGACAUGAUUAAUGGCACAGACGCAGCCUCCUUUCCACCUUUUGUUGAAAAGUCUCGGACAUUGAGAUUCUUUUCCUCUGACAUUUGCAGGUCUAUCUACGCUGUGUUCGGAUCUGAAAUCGACCUUAAAGGAAUCCCCGUGUACAGAUUUGUUCUUCCAGCCAAUGCCUUUGCAUCACCCCUCCAGAAUCCAGACAACCAUUGUUUCUGCACUGAAAAAGUAAUCUCCAAUAACUGUACAUCUUAUGGUGUGCUAGACAUUGGCAAAUGCAAAGAAGGAAAGCCUGUGUAUAUUUCGCUUCCACAUUUCCUACAUGCAAGUCCAGAUGUUUCAGAACCUAUUGAAGGCUUACAUCCAAAUGAAGAUGAGCAUAGGACAUACUUAGAUGUGGAACCCAUAACUGGAUUCACUCUACAAUUUGCAAAACGACUGCAGGUCAACAUAUUGGUCAAGCCAGCUAGAAAAAUAGAAGCAUUAAAGAAUCUGAAGAGACCUUACAUUGUACCUAUACUGUGGCUAAAUGAGACUGGGACCAUUGGUGAUGAAAAAGCAGAAAUGUUCAAAACACAAGUGACUGGGAAAAUCAAGCUCCUUGGCAUGGUAGAGAUGGCCUUACUUGGGAUUGGAGUGGUGAUGUUUGUUGCUUUUAUGAUUUCAUAUUGUGCUUGCAAAUCCAAGAAUGGAAAAUAAGUAGUGGAUGAGCCUACAUAUACACUGGCUACAUCUUUGGUAAAGCCGAUCUACAAAAUGAAAACUUAAUAUAUGCUUCGUUUUUACAAAACACACCUAUCUUUAGGAGAAGAAAUGGUGGUGUGUGCUCUCUCUCUCUUUCUCUUUCUCUCUUAUUGCAGAUAUAUAUUUAUUUGUAAAUAUAUAUAUAUGCAAUAAGUCACAGCAUAUUUCAAAAGAUUAAUAUGUCACUAUAGGCAAUAUUUUUUAAUAAAAUCUUGCACUUUUAUUAAAAGUCCAUCAUUUGCAACUGAGUGGACUUCAAUUUCUGUAGACCCAAUUAUCCUGUUUGGUUCUGAUUUACUGAUUUGUUCCAUGUUGGCAAAUUUCAAGAAUGUACAUUCUGAGAAAUUUUUGUUUUCCCUCACUGGAGGAAACUGCUAUCAUGACUGGGGUGGCCCCUUUGUUUAUAGCAAAUUUGGCUUGCAACUGUCAGCACAUGGCAUAAGUAUAACAUCUUGAAAGACUUAAGAAUGAAAAAUGAACAAUUCACAUGUGAGCCACUGCUUAUAUAUUAAGUCUCUCCCUCUCUGGAGUUCUUGGCUACAGCAAGGCCAGAUAUCACAUUGGUUUUGGUUUUGUUGUUUUUGUUUUGUUUUUGUUUUUUACUCUCUGACACAGAGCUUAUGAAAUGGACUUUUUUUUUUUUUUUUAGCAUACCUUAGCUCUUUGUAUUUUAAGUAUGUCGUCAUGUUCCAUGCUGCAUAGCUCUUUAAAAAACCUGAGUAGGUUUUUCUCUUUCUGCUCAGCUGCAACUAAUAACAACCUUGGAGAGCUGUUAUAGUGUUAAAAGAUGUAAAUGAUAAUAAAAGAAUUAUUAAAUGGAAUCCUACAAAAGCAACAAUGGGCUUUAAUAUAUAUUUGUGGUAAUAUCUCCUGCUUUCAUAAUCACCCAAAAAAAGGACUGGUUUCUAACAUUAAAAGAAGUCGUUCCUUAAAUUCAACCUUUUUGUCUAGUUACUAUUGAAUCACAGUAUGUUAUUUAUUGUAUUUUAUUUUGUUUUUUGUAGAAGUGUUCUAUCUGAGAUUCUGUGUCCUUCUGAAUCAUUUAACCUUUCUGCUAUGUCUUAAUGCAAUUGAACACAGAUAUUUUGUUAUAAUUUUAUAGCAGCAGUGUGAGACUGAAGGCAAAUAUUUUCCAGGGUAAGACACAGUGAUAGGUUGUUCUACUUCCUUUAGCAGCAUAAUCAAUUUCACUUAGUAUUAGUCCCAAUAAAUUCUGGUAUAAGACACAAAAUAAAAACAAACAUUUUCUGUUCUAUACGUAGAAAAAUAAAAGGAAAGGUGAGACAACUAACUCUCUUGUCUAGAUAUAAAAAUAAUCAAAACUGCAUGGCAGCUUUGGGCAGGAGUGCUGGAUUAGUGGUUAGGAGUCAUCAAUGUUCCUACAGAAGACCUGGGCUUGGUACCCAGCUUCUAUACGUCUGCUCACAGCCUCAUAUGAUUCCUGUCAGUUGAUACUAUGCCCGCCUCUCCUGUGCACCCUUCUGCACUGCAUGUGGUGAUCAUUUAUACACUCAGGUAUGCAUGCACACAUGGAAUUUAAAGAGGCUGGAAGAGUGUAUGAGAAGGUUGUAGAGGAGAAAGGAGUGUGGGAAACGAUGUCAUUAAAAUCAGAUUUAAAAGAAA